UUUACCAGGUUGCUCUCGACACGGCAACGCAGACGGGAUGCACUGAGCGGCGCAGUUUUGCGGAGUCAUGGUGUUAGGACAGUUGAACCGUGCCACAUCUUCUCUAGAUUUACCACAAGCUUGGAUGCUGUGGGGGUCGACAAUACCAGGAUGCGAUUACAUCGUGUUGCCGUCGCCCGUUGUUGCCUCCCGGUGCAAAACCCACCUCUUGUCUAGCUUCUAGGACAAUAAACGCUUUUGACACAAUACAAAGGUGGCCGACAGACAAGAGUUUGACAGAGACGGAGAGGAGCUUUGACGCGCAUCUUUGCGGCUCGAGAGGAGCUGUGCUCCCUGAGGAGAAUGCCAGGAUCCUGCCUGGAAGAACCAUGAAAGUGUUGCCAGGGGACAAGGCAAAAGAAGGAAGCAUUCCGCCAAUGGUCAGCGCUCUGCUCUGCAUGGAUUCAAGUUGGUCGAUAGCAGCAGAGAUAGCUACAAUACCGGCAGAGGAGGCGGAGGCAGCAGAGUCGGAGGCCCGGUAGCAGCUCUCCACGGACCGAAAGCCGGCUCAGGGAGAGAGGAAGACUGCAGGACCAUGGACAGCUCAGAUAUGGACGCCAACUAUGGCGGAGGACUGUUGGAUAUGGUGAAGGGCGGAGCUGGAAAGUUCUUCAGUAACUUCAAAGACAAUCUCAAAGACACACUGAAAGACACAUCCACCAAGGUCUUGCAUCAGGUUGCCACGUACACUAAAGGAGAGCUGGAUAUUGCCUACAUCACGUCGCGAAUCAUAGUGAUGACCUACCCAGCCGAGUCUGUGCAGAUUGGCUACCAGAACCAUGUGGAGGACAUCCGAUCCUUCCUUGACAGUCGCCACGCUGACCACUAUACUGUCUUCAACCUGUCACAGCGCAACUACCGCGGAGCCAAAUUCUCCAACAGGGUUUCAGAGUGUAAUUGGCCUGCUCGCCAGGCUCCCAGCCUCCACAACCUCUUCGCUGUGUGUAAGAACAUGCACAACUGGCUCAAACAGAAUCCCAAGAAUGUGUGUGUCAUCACUUGCUCGGAUGGCCGUGCUCCAUCAGGUGUCUUGGUUUGUGCCAUGUUUUGCUUCUGCCAUCUCUUCAACAAUCCCAUUCCUGCCAUGCAACUCCUCAGCGCCAAGAGACCAGGCUCGGGUCUCUGGCCUUCACACCGCAGGUACAUCGGGUACGUGUGUAGCAUGGUGUCAGAGAAGCCCAGUCUACCCCACACCAAGCCUCUGACGAUCAAGGCUCUCACCAUGAGUCCAGUUCCCUGCUUCAACAAGCAACGGAGCGGCUGUCGGCCUUUCUGCGAUGUCCUCAUUGGAGAGACCAAAAUUUUCACCACGGCACAGGAGUAUGAGAGAAUGAGAGAGCACAGAGUUCAAGAGGGGAAAGUUGUUUUUCCUCUGGGUGUCAGCGUACAAGGAGAUGUCGUAGUUUCCGUCUAUCACAUGAGGUCCACCAUCGGGGGACGUCUGCAAGCAAAGGUGUCCAACACACAAAUCUUCCAGAUCCAGUUUCACACUGGCUUCAUUGCUCCUGGAACCACGAUGUUAAAAUUUAACAAACCAGAGCUGGAUGCAUGUGACUCUCCAGACAAGUAUCCCCAGCUGUUCCAUGUGAUAGUGGACGUGGAGGUGGAGGGGUUAGACAAGCAGAAAGACCUCACGCCGCCUUGGGAGCAGUUCCCCUCUAAAGACCUGAGUCCCAAUGUGAUUUUCACCUGCCACCAGGAACAUCAGGAUGCACUCGCCAUUGCUGAGCCGAUCAGGCCGACUGGAGGCCCCGACAGUCGAGGCCACGGUGAGGAGAGUGAGCCCUCUGACGACGAGAUGCUCUCUCUCUCUAGCCAGCGAAGCAGCACCAGCACAGCCCCCCAUAAAGCGGAUCAGUCUUCUCCAAUGCCCGCGGUGCCCGAUCCGUCUGGGGAAGUAGAUCUUCUCGGCUUAGAUGAGGAAGAGAUCAAGCGGCCGCCGCCCGUGUCCCUGCCUCCAUCUACUGCAUCUGCAGAUGCGGACCUCCUGGGGGACUUGUUUGGGGCUCCACCCCAGCCCACCAGCGGCCCAUCAUCCACACACUCCACUCCACAUAAAACAAUACCGAGCUCUGCCUCGCCAUGUCCCUCCCCUUGCCCACCAGUGUUGGACCCCUUUGGAGCCGGUGCUAAGCCGAAGCCUCAGGAGGUGAUGGGUUCUUUCCUCGGUCCAGGUAACACGGGGCAUCUAGAUCCCUUCUUGCAUGGCGCUCGCUCUCCAUCACCCACACUUCAGCCCGCGAGCUUUGGUUGGAGUUCCCCUGUCCCACAUGCUACUCCAACUGUCAACAUUCAGCAGCAAAACAUCAUGGGAGGCUGGGAAUGGAACAGGACUGCCACCACAAGCACAGGAGGAGGCUUGGGAAUGGGCACUCGAUCAGCCACUACUAGCCCCACAGGUUCCGUCAACAGCACACCCACCCAUCAAAGCAAGCCAAACACCCUGGACCCCUUUGCUGACAUAGGUAACCUCGGGGGAAGCCAUGGAGGAGGUUCUGGAUUCUCCAGCAAGCCCACCACACCAACAGGAACAACCCCUUCCUUUCCUUCCGUGGGCUCCCCAUCGCGGCCUCCUCCGUCUCCCCAGCAUGCAGGAGGGUGGCAGCCCCACGCAGGAGCUGGCUUCCCAUCUUGGCAGCCUAACACUGGCACCGGAGGCUGGCAACCACAAGCACAAGGACCAUCCCCGCAGCCAAAGCCGAGCCCCAGCCAUACCUCUAUGCCUCACACAUCCCCUCAGAACCGACCUAACUACAAUGUUAGUUUCUCUGCAGUUGGGGGUGGCUCACCCAGUGCUGCCGGCAAAGCACAGACAGGAAUGGGCUCUAAGCCCAAGGCUUCCAAUGCCAACUUUGAUGACCUGCUGUCUGGUCAAGGCUUUGCAGGGGGCAAAGAGAAGAAAGGACCCAGGACUAUAGCAGAAAUGAGGAAGGACGAAAUGGCCAAAGAGAUGGACCCUGAGAAAAUAAAGAUUCUAGAAUGGAUUGAGGGGAAGGAGCGGAACAUCCGAGCCCUGCUGUCCUCUAUGCAUACAGUGUUGUGGGAAGGAGAAGCGCGCUGGAAGCCAGUUGGAAUGGCUGACCUGGUGACUCCAGAACAGGUCAAAAAGGUUUAUCGCAAAGCAGUCCUCGUCGUCCACCCGGAUAAGGCAACAGGGCAACCCUAUGAACAAUAUGCCAAGAUGAUUUUCAUGGAACUAAAUGAUGCCUGGUCCGAAUUUGAAAGCCAAGGACAAAAACCUCUCUACUGAAAAAUGAGUGCAAGGGAAACGGGAUGAGAAGAUCCCGGGCUUGUUUCACCACUCUGGUUAAAAAAAAGUAACAUUCAUAAAGCCAUGUUGGGUUCCCACCUCACGGAUUUAAGAGAUUCUCUUUCAACUACAGCACCCAGAAUGCCUGGCUCCUAAGAAGAGCAGUACUGCAUAGCCUCCGACUGUAUGUCCUUUGUGCAAUUUUACUCCAAAAUUGGGGUUGGGGUGCUCUUUGCUCUGAACUGUGGAUUGUCUGGGGCAAUGUUGAAAUUGAAGAGAUCAAACUAGAAUGACACAGAAGAUAAGAGAAAAACAUAUCAGUGAGUGGAUAGUGAACAAGUCAGAGAUCAUGCAAGUGUGUGUGCUACAUUAAGUUACUCUUGAUACCCUUCCUAGGUUGUUUUGGAGGAACACAAAGUUGAAUUGUACAGAAAUUAACAAAACAAUAGUACAAUAAAAGAUGUCAAGAAAGAGUCUAUAAUACUCCAACUGAAACAUGCUGAUACCAUUUUUGAGAGUUGAAGUCAAGCCUUUGUGCUUUUAUGUGUUGGCUGUAAUUUAGGAUUAGCACAUGUACUGUUCUAAACAUGAAGCACCUCGAAACCCCAUGCAUUGUCACCCACACAAUAACUAAUCAAGUCAUGAGCAAAUUUUCAAUGGGUGUGGUCAAAGCACAAAUGUAAAUCUGCAGUUUUGAAGGAAGCGAAUUGUUGUAUAUCGUUAGCAUUUUGUUAAUCAUCAUCACUGUUUACCAGGGCUCCUGCAUUCUAAUGGUUUAAAUAAAUUGCGCUUGUCGUUUGCUCUUGUAUUUAAUGAAAAACGUGUAAAUGUCUGAGCCAGUAACUCAGCAACAGAGAGUCAAAUUCUGUGUGGUUAGCCUUUUGUGAUCUGUAAUGUAUGGUUCAAACUACAGUACAGACAUCACCAAAUUUGAUGCAUCACUGCUCAUCCGAAUCAUCUGUUGCUCAUACUAACUUUUAAUAAUGCAAUAAAAGGUUUAUCUUGCAAUGGUUUAUGGUCGAAAAAUUAUAAUUCAGUUAAUCAGUAGAUGAUUAUCCUUUAUUUAAUAUAUCCAAACGUCAGCUGCUACUGUAACAACUUAAUGAAAUCUAUUACUUGAUGCCAUAAGUUUACUUUUGUACAACAAUUUCUAUCACUGCACUGACACUUUUGUUUUAAUAAUGCUCAUGGAUUUUGUUAGGAAUAGCAUCAUAUCAUAUCAAAUUAAAGUUAUUCUAACGUGUAAACAUUGUCCAUACUUUAUACUGACUGAUAAUGUUCAUCAUGGUUGCUUUCCUUCUAUGGGACAUAUUUUAGGGACAUUUACAAUACAUGCAUUGAGGUCAUUUGACACCUGCCGUCAGUUCAAAAUGAUUUGAACCCUGUUACUGUUAUUUUUCUGUCAUUAGUUGGAAUUGUUUGUUUUCAGGACUCUUGUCUACAUUUUGGAUAGUGUCUGAAAACUGCUCAAAGGAAAAUAUGCUUUAACUGAUGUCUGGGAUCCAAAAUGGUUUGAAUCCCUUUACGUGUGGUGCCGGUGGGCAUUCAACAGAGACACUGGAAAACAGGAAUGAAAGUGCAGACACAGAAAUUGAACUGUAUGCGCUCUACACAUGGAUGACCAAUAUGUGAAAUAACUCCCUUGCUGACUGAAUUAUCCAUCUACAGUCUUACAAGUCAUCAAAAAAGCUAUAUCAUCUAUGUUGUACUCAAUGGAUGUGUGUUGUUUAAAAUGUGGUACGUAUGGAAGUGAUUUGGACUAUUUUAUGUUAUGUGUUUGCCUGUCUGCUGUUAAAGCAUUACUAAACUGAGUAAAAUACUAUUUAUGUGUUUA